AUGGCGCACGAUAAUCGCGCUUCUAAUAUUACUCCGCAUUCGACGGUACCCGCUAUGCUAGAUACUAAGAAGACAGCACCACGAAGCAGCGACCAAGCGCGGCUUAACCGCAUGAACAUGGAAAAGAUGAUCAUGAAAAAUGUUGCAGCCUCUCGCAACAGCACCAAAAAUCGUGCGCAGCAGAUCUUGGAGGCCUUCAAGAGGAAACGGCAGCAGGAAGAUGAUUUAUUAAUUAAUAAUGCAGAUGAGGUCGAACGCGCUGCUAAGCGCAAGAAGUCGUCACCACCACAUAGCGACACGGCAGCCAAAAGCGCUGUCGCAGCAAGCAUCCUGUCUCCUUCUCGACGGGGUACUGGACCAAGUUUUACGAGCCCUACACGGCGUCAGAACCACUCGCUUAACUUCAAGAGCCCAACACCACCAAAGGCAAGUCCAGCACGAGCAUCAACCGUGAAAGCGCUGCAUUUGUCAAGUCCAAUGCGUCCACCGAGGAGCUCGGUUACUGCCAGUCCUGCGAGACCGACACGCAGUGUACACACGGCAAGUCCGCUAAGACGGACCGAGUUUCUUACAAGUCCACUCAGACAUAGAGCCUCAGCUUCGCCCAAGAGACCUUUAGUAUUUGAUGACAACGCAAUGGCUGGCGAUGCAACUGCCUCGUCAACAAGGAUAAAUGGACAUCCGCUACUGCUAUCUUCUCAGUUGGAAGUCGCACCUGUAGCUAAGGCCUCCAAAGCGUUGGCAUCUACCAAGUCACCGUUUCAGUCAAUUCAGGCCAAAUUCAACAAGUCAACAGCCAAUGCUAUCAGCAGUCCACAAGCUAGAGAAGAAUUAAUGCAAGUAAAUGAGCCUCGAAGUGGCCCCAUUAUGGUUAGUUUGACAAACACGGAAAUCACGAGUGUGCAACGGACUGCAAUUCCUACUGCAGUUUCCACUGCCCCAUCGAACGCACCAAAUAAUCAAAUUUCUACGUCUAUCAGUGCUUCAUCAACGCUAUCGACUCUAUGUAAUGCAGAUGCUUCAUCUGCUUCAAUUGUUGCCACUGUGACAACUCCAUCACCGCCUGUGCGUAAGUUAUUUCCCUCAAGCCGCCAAGUUGUAGCUCAACGAUCGAUCUGUUUCUCAACCGAAAGUGUCGCUACAGCGGUGGACGUGACUCCAGACGGCGAAAUUGUUGUCGUUGGUUUCAUGGAUGGUUCUAUACGGCUUUAUGAAAUGGAUAGCAGUAUUCCGAGUGACCGUCAUGGGUAUCUGUUAGGCCAUCUUGACGAGCAGUCGUCACAGGGCUCUGGUAACGUGCACAUGCGUGUUAAAAUCUCUACUGAUGGUCGCUAUAUAUUUGCUGGCGAUCGACAACGGAAGCGCGUUGUUAUGAGUAUAAACCUCGACCAUUAUCGAAAUGAAAAAGACAGCGAUGACGAAGAUUUUCAGCAGUUCAAAAAGCAUUUUUGCUCGAAUGCAAAACUUCGGGGCUUUGCAGAUGUGACAACCUACACACGACCCAAUGAUCCGUUACUGCAGGAUCAAGAAAGAAAAUCUAUUAGAUCUGCAUACUAUCUGCUAACCGGGCUUGGUGUUGGCAAUCUAAAUCUAUGGCGGUUUGUUGAGCCGGCACAAUCUCAGCAAAAUCCUACGUGGGAAUACUUGCAAACAUUUGUGACUGGAGGUAACACAGCUAUGAUGGCGGUGUUUCUUCCAUCUAGUGUGUCGCCUGGAUUUUAUGCGGUUGCGACAUCCUGUCGGGACAAGAACCUUAGAUUGUGGCCGAUGGAGUUCAACAAGGCAUCUUAUAGCUCAAGUGAAAAAGUCUCUGACGACACAAUGUCGUCGCCAUUCAUGGACAAUACGUGUAUGGUAUUUCGCUACUGGGUUUUUGAACUAGAAAAACUAGGUGGUGGAGGAAGCAGCAAGUCGCGCCGAUCCAAUAUCAUGCUCGAAUCACUCGCAGCAAGUGACGAUGGAAAAACUGUGGUUGCCGUGUCGAGCGAAGGUAUCUUCUACUAUUCGAAUAAGCUUCCCGGUGUGGGAUCAAAUGAGGCAGCAAACCUUCGCAUCAUCGGCAAGAAUGCCUCGGAAAAUAUGCUUUUUAAAGCGCCGAUGAAGGUAUAUACCCCAAAAGUUACAGUGAAGGAUUGCAAGAUCGAUUUAGAAGCGAUGAUGGCCGUAGUGACGAAUCCAGGUGGCGAGGAUAUCGAGCAACAUACCGGCUACAUUAAUGUCGAUCCCACUGAGGCGUUUGCGGCAAGAUGGAUGGUGCCAAGCCGAGGACAAAAUUGCUGGGUGUGUGAAGUGCGUAAUGUAAGCCAUUGGGCUGGUCCACCUGAGUGUAAGGCCAAGAGAAUAACUCGGCCUCCAUUGGCUGCCGAGCAGAAGGGAAGGAUAAAGGCCCAACGCCGACAAGAACGGACUUUAAACAGAUCCAAUGAUGUCGCAGUGAAACAUCAAAUUGAUAAUAACGAACAAAAUUCGGAUCUGAUAGCAGUGAAGACUAAAAUGAUGCCCUCAUCAAGUUCGAGAAAGAUUGCUCAAGAUCAUUCUACUGCGGAAUUUAAUGCAAAUGUUGGUGAUCAAUGCGAGUCUGCAGCUGUUCAGCUAUCGUCGCAUAGCUCUCGUGGGUUAAGUAAACAUUGUGGCACUGGUUACGAUGAUGAUGAGGAUAACACGGGUAGUGAUGAUGAUCCCCUUUCCAUCGUUUCGCUGAUGAGUGAGCUCGAACAUUUUAAAAAACGCAAUGCAGAAAUUAAGACUGAAUGGCAGCGUCGAUUGCAAGGCGAACGGCAACUUCGUCGGAAAUGGAAGCAGCGUGAGGAAGAAUUUCUUGACCAGCUUAACGAUUCUCUCACAAAGUUGGACGCUGCAGAGACGGAAGCGGAGCGACUAAGCGCACAACUACGCGAUGCAGAAAAACGCUCGGCAUUUGAAAAGUCUCGUGUUGAGCAGGAUAAUUCCGUGAAGUCGCGAUACGAGCAACUGUGUGAGCAUAUGAACGACAAGAUGGCACUAAUUACUGAUCAAAAGCGCUUAUUGGAGCAGACUACGCGCAGUCUGCUUGCAGAAGUGGACCGCAAUGUUCACGCGUUGAAAUGUGCUGUUAUUUUAGAAAAGUCGGAGUGCGUGGUAUGCAAAGACCAACAAGCUGUGACAGCUAUCGUGCCUUGCGGGCACUUAUGUUUUUGUGAGCAAGAUGCCGAGACUUAUCGCCUUAACUGCACGACGGAGUGCCCAACGUGCCCUAUAUGUCAACAGGAAAUUGUGUCGAUGCUGCGAAUUUACACUUGA